AGCUCCUCCUCCUCCUCCUCCGCUGUCCUCCACCGUGUAGGUGCUGAAACGCUGCCACCGUUUCAAUCCCUGAGCAGCCAUGGCAGAAAUAAAGACUGGCAUUUUCGCCAAAAACGUCCAGAAGAAGCUCAGCCGGGCUCAGGAAAAGGUGCUGCAGAAGUUGGGGAAGGCUGAUGAGACAAAAGAUGAGCAGUUUGAACAGUGUGUUCAGAACUUCAAGAGACAGGAGUCUGAGGGUGCAAGGCUACAGAGGGAGAUGAAGGCUUAUAUAGCAGCUGUGAAAGGAAUGCAGCAGGCCUCCAUGAAUCUGACAGAAUCUCUUCACGAAGUGUACGAGCCUGACUGGCACGGCAAGGAUGAUGUGAUGUCUAUUGGAAAGAAUUGUGAUGCAUUAUGGGAAGACUUCCAUCAAAAACUGGUGGACUCCACAAUCUUAGCACUGGACACAUAUUUGGCCCAGUUCCCUGAUAUCAAGGUGCGUGUAGCGAAGCGGAGCAGAAAGUUAAUUGACUACGACAGUGCAAGGCACCAUCUCGAGACCCUGCAGGCUUCCGCCAUUAAGAAUGAAAGAAAGGUCUCAAAGGCAGAAGAAGACUUGAAAAAGGCGCAGAAAGUAUUUGAUGAUCUGAAUGUGGAUCUGCAGGAUGAGCUGCCCAGUCUGUGGGACAGUCGAGUGGGCUUUUAUGUGGACACCUUCAAGAGUGUCAGCAGCCUGGAAGCCAAAUUUCACAGGGAAAUCUCAAUUUUCUGUCACAAGCUGUAUGAGGUGAUGAACAAGCUUGCAGAGCAACACUCAGACAAAAUGUUCACCAUUCAAGGAGCACCCAGUGACUCAGGCCCACUGCGCUUGGCCAGGACCCCAACGCCUCCCGAGGAUGAGAGUCCAGAGGGCAGCCCUGCUGUCAGCCCCAACCACACACUGAGACCUACUUCACCUGGCCCUCCUCGACCCAAAUCCCCCUCACAGCUCAAAAUGGGACCGCCAAAGCCUCCUCCUCCCAAAGUCACUCCAACCAAGGAGCUAGCCCAAGAGCAAAUCAUCAACCUGUUUGAUGGAGGCUUUCCUGAGAUCAGUGUCACCUCACCACAGCCAAAUGAGAAACCCACAGAAUCUCUCCUGGACUUGGACUUUGACCCAUUCAAGCCAGACAGCAAUACAGCCAUCGGUCAAACUCAGUUACCUGCAUCUCAGGAACUGUCAUGGGAUCUUUGGACGACAAAUACUGAGGCCCAGCCUGCAUCAGAUGCUGGCUUCAAUGCCAACUGGACGGCUGACUUUGGUUCUGCAGCUCAAGAUUUGGGAGAUGUUCAGCCUGCAACAGAUGGGCAAGGUUGGCCUCCUGCAGAAGGAUGGCCCACAGAUACAGUGCCCCAAGGAGAAGUCACAGGCGAGGUGGAUGCCUCAAUUCCAACUUUUGAGGCUGACUUUGAUAAAAUGUCUGAGGCCCCAGAAGGGGCAGAAACUGAUACAGAAGCAGCCCCAGAAGGAGUGGGAGAGGGGGAAGGGGAGGUGUCCACAGCCCAGGCCCCAGAGGCUGAGGGCAGUGUCACGACUCCUACUGCAGAAACCACUACUGAACCGGCAGAGACCACUGCUGCCAGCAGCCCACCUGCAGAGACUGCUUCUAGCAUAGUGGAGUCUCCUGAAGCUGCUGAAACUAUGGCAGCAGAGCAGACUGAGACCACACCAGCUGAUGACAUUGAGAAAGCGCAACUAAGCCAAGAGGCUCCGGAAUCUGCUCCAGGAGCAGAACCAGGAGAGGAGCCAUCUGCAGAGGCUCUGGCCUCUGAAGAAGAUAAAGAGUCUCCUAUUGAAGAGACUCCGACCAUAGAGAGCAAACCAGAAGAUGAAACUGGUACAGUAGAGACCAAACCCGAAGAUGAAACCGCUACCCUAGAAGUCAAACCAGAGGAAGAAACUGGUACUGUAGAGGUCGAACCAGAAGGAGAAACUGGUACAGUAGAGGUCAAACCAGGGGAUGAAACCAGUAAGGAAGGGGCUUCAAAGAAUUUUGAACAGGAGGACAAGAUGCCUAUUCCAUCUGUGGUCAUUGAGCCUGCUUCCAGCAAUGAGGGCGAUGAUGACCGAGAUGGUGACAUCGUGUCUCCAAUAGCAGCCAGCGGAGAUGGAGUGACACCAGACAGCCAGACAGCCAAAGAUAUUUCCUCCUCUGGCAUGCCUCUAGGCUUCCUGUAUAAGGUUGAAACAAUGCAUGACUUUGAGGCUGCAAACCCAGAUGAGCUUGAUCUGAAGAGGGGAGACAUUGUUCUUGUCGUUCCCACAGAGCUGAUGGAAGAUCAGGAUGCUGGCUGGCUCACUGGCAUCAGGGAGCGUGACUGGCUACAUCAGGGAGCCUCUGCUCAGAAAGGAUUAUUUCCAGAGAAUUUCAUACAGCGACUGGGCUAAAGCCUCAGAGCAUGCUGGGACAGGACAUACAAAAGCCAAGAGCUACAGACAGCCCUAACACUACAGUGCAGUCUGGAGCCCUGACACACAGCUGUCGAUCAGAAUGAACAAAGCAAAAUGUAUCUAAGAGGAAAAUACACAAUCAACAAAAUGAGAGGACACAAAAGCCCUACUCAGAGUGUAAAGAAAAUAACAGAGCAUGAUGCGAUAGUAUGGUCUACCUUACUCUUGACCCGAGAGCUCUCUGUUUAUGUUUGUUUACUUGUAAGCAGCAACGAAUUGAUGUGUGCUUUUUUGGAAUUAUGGUGACCUCCACAUGUAAUCCCUAUCUGUUUAAAGGUAAAUUAUGCUCUAAAGACAAAAAAAUAUUUUCUCUGCAAGUGUAUUGUAUUGAGUUUGUUGCUCUGCAGCAAAUUUUAUCCAAAUUUGUAGUGAUAUGAUCUAUUUAACCGUUCUAAGUGUUAUGCAAGACUUCAAUGUUUCCUUUAAGACAUUUCCGACCUAAAUGUUACCUUGCAUCCUUGUUAGUGUUCUCUGUAGUUUUAAUGGCUGGACGUUUACGGCUCUGGUGAUAAUAUCUGGAGAAACUGAUAUCGAUAAUUUGUGAUUUUAGUAAUAUAAGUCUCUACCUGGAUGAAGACAGAAUUCCAGAUAGAACCUUGUAAUACUAAGGGCACAAUUUGUUUUAUUAAAUACUUGCUGUGCUCUUGCCAAAAUAAUAAUAAAAUCCUAAAUAUGUGAACUGAUUAAAAGAGAAACAUGGAUAUCUGUAGAGUUACAAACAUGAAAUGUUUCAAGAAGAACAUCUUUUUGGCAAAAUGCAGCUUUGCAAAACACAGAACCUAGUGAUAAAAGUUUCCUUAUAUCCAUAAUUACAUAAAUAAUAACAGUUAUCCUGUGGACGUGUAUGGAAAAAAAGUGUUGAAUAAAGUUUUAUGUUUUGAAAAAUUCUAUUUAUUUAACUUUAUAUUUUUUAAAGUGAAGCUCAUUGGGAGAGUUUUGGGCUGGGAUAUCUGCAAAAUAUGCAAUAUGUGUUGUUUGGUUUAAAAGUUAUCCAUUGUCUUAUUGUCUUGACGAGGUAAAGGUCACUCCUGUGUUUGUUAGCCUUCACUGUAGAGACUUUUUGUGAUGUACAUAUCUGUGUUAAUUUAUCUUUAAAGUGAAUAAAGAAUACUCCAUACA